GCACAGCGCCCGGUGAUGAGACUGUUUGCGGUGAUGCUCAGAGGGCAGGCACCUGCUGCUCUGUAAUGAUUCAGCCUCUUUCAGCCGCGUUAACACAACAGGAUGCUGUUGCUACUGUCACUGUUACCUCUCCUGCCUCCGCUGCUGCUCCCGCCGCCGCCGCCGCCGCCUCUGGUCCUGCUUUUGCUUUUACUUCUCCUGCAUGACAGUUGUUUUCUUCAUCUAAGCAGACACCAGCUUCAGAUGCUUGAGGUGAGAAACGUGCCUUUCAGUUUGGGCUACUGGUUUACUUAAUUAACCGGCCUUCAGCUUUGUUUCUGUUUUGGAUCCUGUCCUCUUGACUGGUCUGUCGGGAUGGUUUGGAGAAGCCUUUAAAAGAACUGGAAAAGUGGCCCAAAAACAACAGCUAAAAAAUUAUUAUAAUAUGUUUUCAUUUUAUAGUUGCUAGGAGCUUUUUCUUUUCCUUUUUCUUGUUUUCUUUCUUCCUCGUGAACUCCUUGCUUUUGGUAAUGGCCUUGGACUUGGACGACUUAUCGAUUUCCCUCUGGAAGAUGCUGCAUCAUUUGCUUGCGGGGGGCCUGCGUGGUAAUGGACCAUGAGAGAGGCCAGGCCUUCUGGAGGUGAGCCGAUGGAGAUUUAUUCCCCAGACAUGUCUGAGGGAGCUGCCGAGAGGUCCUCCAGCCCCUCCACUCAACUGAGUGCAGACCCAUCUCUGGAUGGACUUCCGGCCGCCGAGGACAUGCCAGAGACCCAGACUGAAGACGGCAGCCCCCCUGGACUCGUGGGUCUGGCUGUGCCCUGCUGUGUGUACCUGGAGGCAGAGCGCCUGAGAGGUUGCCUCAACUCCGAGAAAAUCUGCAUCGUCCCCAUUCUAGCUUGCCUGGUCAGUCUCUGCCUCUGCAUUGCUGGCCUUAAGUGGGUAUUUGUGGACAAGAUAUUUGAGUAUGACUCUCCUACUCACCUUGACCCUGGGGGAUUAGGCCAGGACCCUGUUAUUUCUUUGGAUCCAACUGCUGCCUCAGCUGUGUGGGUAUCGUCUGAGGCUUACACUUCACCUGUCUCUAGGGCUCAAUCUAAAACUGAGGUUCAAGUUACAGUGCAAGUUGACAAUGCUGCCGUUACCUCUGAACCUGCAGCUGCACCAACCCCAAAGAAUCGUAUUUUUGCUUUUUCUCUCCUUCCAUCCACUGCGCCAUUCUUCCCUUCACCUACUCGGAACCCUGAGGUGAGAACACCCAAGUCAGCAACUCAGCCACAAACAACAGAAACUAAUCUCCAAACUGCUCCUAAACUUUCUACAUCUACAUCCACCACUGGGACGAGCCAUCUUGUGAAGUGUGCAGAGAAGGAGAAAACGUUCUGUGUGAAUGGUGGCGAGUGUUUCAUGGUGAAAGACCUUUCAAACCCCUCAAGAUACUUGUGCAAGUGCCAACCUGGAUUCACUGGAGCAAGAUGUACUGAGAAUGUGCCCAUGAAAGUCCAAAUCCAAGAAAAAGCAGAGGAGCUCUACCAGAAGAGAGUGCUGACCAUAAGUGGCAUCUGCAUCGCACUGCUGGUGGUCGGCAUCAUGUGUGUGGUGGCCUACUGCAAAACCAAGAAACAGCGGAAAAAGCUUCAUGACAGGCUUCGGCAGAGUCUUCGGUCUGAACGGAACAACAUGGUGAACAUAGCGAACGGGCCGCACCAUCCUAACCCACCCCCUGAGAAUGUUCAGCUGGUGAACCAAUACGUGUCUAAAAAUGUCAUCUCUAGUGAGCAUAUUGUUGAGAGAGAAGCAGAGACAUCUUUUUCUACCAGUCAUUAUACCUCAACCACUCAUCACUCCACUACUGUCACCCAGACUCCUAGUCACAGCUGGAGCAAUGGGCAUACGGAAAGCAUUCUUUCGGAAAGCCACUCUGUAAUUGUGAUGUCAUCAGUAGAAAACAGUAGACACAGCAGCCCCAGUGGGGGCCCAAGAGGACGUCUUAAUGGCCUGGGUGGCCCCCGCGAAUGUAACAGCUUCCUCAGGCAUGCCAGAGAAACCCCUGACUCCUACCGAGACUCUCCUCAUAGCGAAAGGUAUGUGUCAGCCAUGACCACCCCGGCUCGUAUGUCACCUGUAGAUUUCCACACGCCAAGCUCCCCCAAAUCACCCCCUUCGGAAAUGUCUCCGCCUGCGUCGAGCAUGACGGUGUCCAUGCCCUCCAUGGCAGUCAGCCCCUUUGUGGAAGAAGAGCGACCUCUCCUUCUUGUGACACCACCGAAGCUGCGGGAGAAGAAGUACGAUCAUCACCCUCAGCAGUUCAGUAACUUCCAUCACAACCCUGCCCAUGAGAGUAACAGCCUCCCCGCUAGUCCCUUGAGGAUAGUGGAGGAUGAGGAGUAUGAGACCACCCAGGAGUAUGAACCAGCUCAAGAGCCUGUUAAGAAACUCGCCAAUAGCCGGCGGGCCAAAAGAACCAAGCCCAAUGGCCACAUUGCCAACAGGUUGGAAUUGGACAGCAAUACAAGCUCUGAGAACAGUAACUCAGAGAGUGAAACAGAAGACGAACGAGUAGGUGAAGACACACCUUUCCUGGGUAUACAGAACCCCCUGGCAGCCAGUCUCGAGGCAGCACCUGCCUUCCGCUUGUCUGACAGCAGGACUAACCCAGCAGGCCGCUUCUCGACACAGGAAGAAUUACAGGCCAGGCUGUCUAGUGUAAUUGCUAACCAAGACCCUAUUGCUGUAUAAAACUUAAAUAAACACAUAGAUUCACCUGUAAAACUUUAUUUUAUAUAAUAAAGUAUUCCACCUUAAA